UCCCCUUGACCCCCCCCCCCAUCUUUCCCUCCUAAUUCCAUUUCAGGGAGAUAAGAAAAAGAAAAUCUUUUAUAAGAUAGAGCUAAAAUGAAGUUUCUCCCCCUCCUCGUACUGUUUCUUCUCCUCCGCAUUUCCCAUUCCUCUGCCGCACGAUCCGUCUCGGAGUUUCGCGCGCUUCUCGAUGCUAAAUCAUCCAUUACCGAUGACCCUCAAUCUUAUCUAUCCAACUGGAAUGAAAGUACAUCGCUUUGCUCUUUUACCGGUGUCACGUGCGACCAUACCGGUCGUCACGUGACAUCCAUCGACCUCACUAACUUCAACUUGUCCGGAACUCUUUCCCCGUCCUUUUCCUACCUCCGUUUCCUCCAAAACUUCUCCGUGGCAGCCAACCAGCUUUCCGGUCCAAUCCCGACGGAACUCGCCGCCCUUUCCGCUCUCCGUUACCUCAACCUCUCCAACAAUGUUUUCGGCGGUUCUUUCCCUUCCCAACUUUCCCAACUCAAAAACCUCCGAGUCAUCGAUUUAUAUAACAACAACAUGACCGGGGACUUGCCGGUUUCCGUCACUGAGCUUCCCAAUUUACGCCACCUGCAUUUGGGAGGAAACUUUUUCAGCGGUCAGAUCCCGUCAAGUUACGGCCGUUGGGAGCACCUUGAAUAUCUAGCCGUUUCAGGUAACGAACUUAGCGGUAAAAUCCCACCCGAAAUUGGUAACCUGACAAUGUUACAGCAGUUGUACAUUGGCUAUUACAAUAGUUUUGAAGGUGGUUUGCCCCCGGAGAUGGGGAACUUAUCAGAACUCGUUCGGUUCGACGCUGCUAACUGCAUGUUAUCCGGCGAAAUACCACCAGAGAUCGGCAAGUUACAGAAGCUCGACACUUUGUUUCUCCAAGUCAAUGCACUUUCUGGUUCCUUAACUCCCGCGCUGGGAACCUUAAAAAGCUUGAAAUCAAUGGAUUUAUCGAACAAUAUGCUGACUGGAGAGAUUCCACAGAGUUUCGCUGACCUCAAAAACUUGACUCUUCUGAAUCUUUUCAGAAACAAACUUCACGGGCAGAUUCCAGAGUUUAUCGGUGAGUUGCCUGAGUUGCAGGUUUUACAAUUAUGGGAAAAUAACUUCACAGGAAGCAUUCCUCAGACGUUGGGAAGUAAUAGAAAGCUUCAGCUCCUAGACCUUUCGUCAAAUAAGUUAACGGGGAAUUUGCCGCCGGAUAUGUGUCCCGGCAACACGUUGCAAACUUUGAUUGCUUUGGGGAAUUUCUUGUUUGGUCCAAUUCCAGAAGCGUUGGGGAAAUGCGAGUCGCUCAAUCGGAUACGAAUGGGGGAAAAUUUUCUCAACGGAUCAAUUCCAAAAGGACUAUUCGAAUUACCAAACCUUACUCAAGUUGAAUUGCAAAACAACUACUUAACCGGAGAGUUCUCGGUUACCGAUUCUCCCAUCUCGGUGAAUCUUGGGCAAAUUAGUUUAUCGAACAAUCAGCUUUCAGGGGCUUUACCGGCUAGUAUCGGUAACUUUUCAGGUGUUCAGAAGCUUCUUCUUGACGGCAACAAGUUUUCGGGUCGAAUCCCUGCUGAGAUUGGGAAGUUACAACAACUUUCAAAGAUGGAUUUCAGCCAUAACAAGCUUUCAGGUCCGGUGGCUCCUGAAAUUAGCAAAUGCAAGCUGUUAACAUUUGUUGAUCUUAGUCGAAACGAGCUCUCGGGUGAGAUUCCGACUGAGAUUACUGGUCUGAGGAUAUUAAACUACCUCAAUCUGUCAAGAAAUCAUCUUAUUGGUACCCUUCCUUCAUCAAUAGCUACAAUGCAAAGUUUAACUUCAGUUGAUUUCUCAUACAACAAUCUCUCUGGUUUGGUUCCGGGCACUGGUCAGUUUAGUUACUUUAACUACACCUCAUUCCUGGGGAAUCCUCAACUUUGCGGCCCGUAUUUGGGGCCAUGCAAGGAUGGGGCUAAUGGAACUGAUCAAACUCAUGUUAAAGGUGGACUGUCUGCUUCAUUGAAGCUUUUGCUUGUUAUUGGCUUGCUUGUCUGCUCCAUCUUGUUUGCAGUCGCGGCUAUAAUCAAAGCAAGGUCCUUGAAAAAGGCGAGAAAGUCUCGAGCUUGGAAGUUAACUGCUUUUCAGCGCUUGGAUUUCACUUGUGAUGAUGUGUUGGACUGUUUGAAGGAGGAUAAUAUCAUCGGAAAAGGAGGUGCUGGGAUUGUGUACAAGGGACUUAUGCCUAAUGGUGAUCAGGUUGCGGUGAAAAGGUUACCCGCAAUGAGCCGAGGGUCUUCUCAUGAUCAUGGAUUCAAUGCUGAGAUACAGACACUGGGGAGGAUUAGGCACAGGCACAUCGUGAGACUGUUGGGCUUUUGCUCAAACCAUGAGACAAAUCUUUUGUUGUAUGAAUAUAUGCCUAAUGGAAGUUUAGGAGAGGUUCUUCAUGGCAAGAAAGGGGGUCAUUUGCACUGGGAUACGAGGUAUAAGAUCGCGGUUGAGGCUGCUAAGGGGCUAUGCUACCUUCAUCAUGAUUGUUCCCCGUUGAUACUCCAUCGAGACGUGAAAUCAAACAACAUCCUCCUUGACUCUGAUUAUGAAGCACAUGUUGCUGAUUUUGGCCUUGCUAAAUUUCUACAAGAUUCGGGCACAUCCGAAUGCAUGUCUGCCAUAGCUGGUUCAUAUGGAUACAUCGCUCCAGAAUAUGCGUACACGCUGAAGGUGGAUGAGAAGAGUGAUGUGUAUAGCUUUGGUGUAGUCCUCUUAGAACUUGUCAGUGGUAGAAAACCAGUGGGUGAAUUUGGUGAUGGUGUGGACAUUGUUCAAUGGGUUCGAAAAACAACCAAUUCAAACAAGGAAGGGGUUCUCAAAAUCCUUGACCCUAGACUGUCUUCGGUUCCCCUCUACGAGGUAAUGCAUGUAUUCUACGUUGCGAUGCUCUGCGUUGAAGAACAAGCUGUAGAGAGACCAACAAUGAGAGAAGUGGUUCAAAUUCUAACAGAGGUUCCUAAACCACCCAGCUCAAAGCAGCAGCAGGGAGACUCCACAAUCACUGAGUCCUCACCAAUAUCACAACCCACAACUCUAGAGUCUCCUAGAGAUGCAAGAACAAAGGAACCAAAAGACCAACACACUCCACCACCUGAUCUUCUUAGCAUUUAAAGUGGUGUUUUUUUUUUUUUUGAGGGAUUGGCUUGUGCUCUAAAUUUCAUGAAUUGUGGCAGUUAUUACUACUGUGUUCUUUUUCUUUGGGAGGGGGGUUGCUCUAGCUUUAAGGUGAUUAAAACGUCUGAAGUUUUUAAUAUUUUUUUCUUUUAUAUUUUGUACAGUAGCAUUGGUGGCGGUAUUUUGUUAUAAAAAAACUUUUGUAUUCA